UCGUGCGCUGAGGUGGAGACAAUGAUGUCGCAGAUGUGCCUGGUGGGGGCGCUAUGCAGCCUGAUCCUCCUGCCAGGUUGGCUGGAUGCCACUUCCCUGAUGAAGAUCAUAAAAAAUCAAGUGUCUGAGCCAGCAGCAGUGAGCAUUGACCACGCCCAGGCGCACGGCUUCCUGUUGAACUCGCGCCCCAAACGCCACAUCGACCCACGGUGGUACCGCAACCAGCCUGACUUCCAGUCCUACUACCGCUACUACAACAGCAUCGGACACGUGGAGGGGCUGUAUGAGAUUGACCGCAUUAGGAUGCUGUACCAGCAGAUGCGGCACCUGGAGCUCGUUCAUGGCCCCAACGCAUCUACGUACCAGAACACCCUGGGCCUGCCACCUGCCAAGUGCGACCCAUCCAAGGACAAGAAAUGCAAACCCCCUGCCCCACCCCCAACCACUCCGCCGCCCCCCCCCUCUACCACUCCACCUCCCCCGCCUCCAAGCACCCCUCCCCCGCCCCCUCCUCUCUCCCAGGCUGAUGUGGUGUACCUGUGUCACCCCAAAGAUCCCCUGUGCAAGCCCCACCUCGUCUACCUGCCCACAGGUGCUGUGCCAGUACUCUGUGAUCCCCGUUACCACCCUGCCUGCAAACCCAAAGAUGAAGAGCCUGCUUCCACACCCGAACCUCCACCUCCUCCGCCCCCACCACCCCCUCCAAAAAAAUCUCUCCCUCCCCUGCCCCAUCCUAAAAAGUCACUCCCGCCUCCCCCUCCCAUCAUUUUUAAAGGAAUGGAGUAUGACUGUGACCCCUACUGGGACCCUGACUGCCUGAUUGACCACCCCCCUAGGCCUGUAAAACCCAAGUCCCACCUUCCACCACCCCCACCCGCCCCAGUUGAAACCGAGGGUGAGGAAGAGGAGGAGGCUGAGGAAGAGCCAGUGCCGCCGGCACCCGAACCCCUCGGCAAGGAGAAAUCACCGGCCCCCUUCCUUUACGACUACCGCCGUGAGCUCUUCGACCCGUACCAGUACAGCCAGCCUGCGCCCGACCUCGAGUAACCUCAGCUAUCACCUUUCCGGCUUCCUCUCAGCCUCAGGGUUCCUCAGGGAUACGGGGAAAAACCACCACAGAAAUAAAACGAUUUUCAGUUCAGUUUCAACUGUCGAAGAAUAGGCAGAAACACAAUGCAAGCAACAGAGGGCUGUUAAGGCGCCAUCACUGAGAGUGUAGCAUUCACUGUUACCCUGACCACUGUUACCCUGAUCAUUCACACAUGCGUACACACACACACACACACAGAUAUGGUCACACUCACAUGCACAGAUACAUGCUGACAUUGAUGUACACGCACACGCAACUUCUACACAGUGCCCUUCACAAGGACUAUCGGAGUGAAAAAGAGCUACGAGUCUCCCCGUUCCAGCCACUCGUCUUCAGAGUGCAUUUAAAAGCAGAGGACUUAAGUAAUGGUGAGGAAACCUGCCACGGUGUGACAUUCAGCCAAACUGCCCUUUGACCUUUAAGAGUUUUCAUCUUAAAGAACCUUGAAGUCCCCCCGCCACCACAUACUCACAUUUAGUCUUAAUAGGUUGGCAGUUUUGCACAAAGGUCUUGCAGUCUUGCACCCAGGAGACCGAUAUGUACCUUCAUGUUGGAAAUGCAGGUCCUGGCUCCCUGAAACAUAUCUAGCCCUUUACUUUUAAGUUUCAUCUCGUUGGAAUAUUUUCUCCACAAAGGGCUUCACCAAACAUAAUUUGGAUA